ACAGACUGAUCGCGUUUUGAAACCGCCACAUACCCUCUGCUUAUUUUACGGAGAAAAGUGUGCUUGACAACUAAGUGAGUUAGGAAUGGUGCGGUUGCAUUCUCGGGCGGUCUGCAUCUCGGCUCAUGACACACCGUAAACAAGCAGAAACGCCUUUCCGGGCUGAUUCUCAAGAUAAGAUUAAACUGUCAUUGAGGAUGCAAGAGCACCGUUUUCCUUCCUCUGCUCAGGAGAUUCCUGUUCCUCAGUAUUGUCAUCGAUACCCAAAGGUUUCGCACUCAGACAAAGAUGGCCUCCUGUUCCCUUCAUUUGGAAGGUACCUAGCAGAGGCCUUUGUUUAUGCAGGGAAUACUCGACACUCCGUCCUUCCCCAGCCAGGAUUAAUCCAGGGCCAGGAUGUCGUUCGAGGAGCCCGUCGAGGUGAAGAACUGGAAGAGGGAGCGAGUUUUGGGCAGUGGCGGAUUCGGCACCGUCACGCUAUGGAGGCAGAAGAACGGCGAUGAGACGAUCGCUCUGAAGAAAUGUCGAUGUGGUGCUGACACAUUACUGAACACAAAACAGAAGGAACGAUGGAGGAAGGAAGUAGAAAUAAUGCAACGAUUAAAUCAUCCCAAUGUUGUGAGAGCUUUGCCUCUCCCAGAAGAUCUUGCAAAGCUACCAUCUGUCCUGCCCAUAUUGUGCAUGGAAUAUUGCUCUAAGGGGGAUCUGCGGCAGCUGUUAAACCGCCCUGAGAAUUCCUGUGGACUGCAAGAAAAUGAUGUCCGUAAAUUAAUUCAGAAUGUUUCUAGCGCUGUGAGCUAUCUUCACUCUGAGAAAAUAACCCACAGGGAUUUAAAACCAGAAAACAUUGUUCUUGCCCAAAAUGACUCUGGAACUAUCUACAAGCUCAUUGACUUGGGCUAUGCAAAAGAACUAGAUCAGUCAUCUUGUACAUCAUUUGUUGGAACGCUUCAGUAUCUUGCUCCUGAGCUUUUCACUAAUGAAAAAUAUUCAUCUUCUGUGGACUACUGGAGUUUAGGAUUAGUUUCUCAUGAAGUGAUCACUGGUAUUCGUCCUUUCCUCCCUAACAUGGCUCCUGUUGCAUGGAUGAGAUAUGUUAAGCAGAAGUCCAAGGAUCAUAUAUGUGCUUAUCAGACUGAGAAAGGCAAAAUAGAAUUCAGCUCUCAUCUAUUUCCCCAAAACCAUAUUUCAAGUGUCCUGAAGAAAGAUAUGGAGGACUGGUUGAAAUUGGUUUUGGAGUGGGAUCCAAAGAAAAGAGGAAAAAAUUCAAAUGGUGAAGUGAUUGUUUUCAAUGAAAUUGAGUCAGUUCUGGCAAAAAAAGUUGUUCGUGUGUUCUGCAUGGUGACUUAUGUUAAGCUAAGUUAUGCUGUUGAAGAUUCCACUCCAUUGUCACUUUUGAGAGAAUGGAUAGAAAAUGACACCAAAGUCCCUGCUAGAGAGCAAGAACUUGUGUUAGCCAAUGGUCAACAAAUUGAUUCAAAUGGUUUGCUGGGACAGUGCUUCAAUGGUACAUCUCAGGAAUCACUGUUUGUGUUUAGGCAGGGUGAGUUGGUGAUUCCAGUAGUACCACCAAAUUUCCCACAUUUAGUGGCAAAUAUUUUGCAGUCGCCUCAUGAGAAGCUAGAAUAUGUAUUCCAGAGAAGAGCAUAUAGCCACGCAGUAUUCUUUUUACAACAAGAAAGCAAACUUUACAAAACUUUCCUGAUGGGCUGCAAACUAAAAUUGUUAUCAGUUGUAUUACAGUGUCAAAAAGUUGUCAGGGAAAGCCAGAAGAUAACUGACCAGUCAAAUGCCAUAACUGCUCUUCGUGAACUUUGUGUUGAUGCUUACAAGUUUGAUGCAACACAAGCUCAGAGAGCAAAAUUAAGCACCAAAACAGAUGUUGUUUACUGGCAACGACAAAUGGAUGUUUUAAACAAUAAAUACAGUGAUUUGCUGAGCAAAACUCAAGUUUUAACAGUGGAAACGCAAAAAGUCACAAAAUUGGCAAGGAAGCUUCAGUCUGCCCAGCCCAGUAAUAUGAAAGAAGAUCCUGUUCUCAAUUCAUCAUUAGAAACUGGACUUGGCUUACUCGACCGAUUGAGGAAACGACCGGCAUCAGAACGUUCAUCUUUGAUAGAUUCAAAGGAAAUGGCAAGAGUUGUAUACCACUUUUUAAAGCAAAGAGAUGUCCUUCUUCAUGAUCAAGAACAAACCACUCACUUGAAGCAACUGAUUGAUUGUGAGAAUGACUUGGUAAAGCUGUUACCCAAACUUGAAGAUUUGUCACACAGGCUUAGUGUCCUGAAACUGGAGAUUAUGAAUACAAAUCGUGAAAGGCAGCGCAGUGUCUGGGACCUUCUUAAAUCUUCACUUGCUGAUGGUGCAUAUUCUCCUGGUGGUUCUCCCUCUACCCCUAACUAUCCUCUUUCUUCUCAUGAUAGGUCCCAUCCACCCUAUCGCAGUCACUCCAGCCGUAACCUUUACAGUGAAGACCACCCACCUCCAGUGCCCCCACAUGGACUGUCACACUUCAUGACUGCUUCGUCACUGUCCCUGUUCAACCCUUGCUCCCCUGCUGUGUCCCAAACAAGUCUCAAUCAGUCAUCCCAACUAGCUGCUGUUUCUCAAACAAGUCUCAAUCAGUCAUCCCAACCAGCAUUUGACUUGACAUCCUUGCAGCAACAACUGGGACAGAUAAAUUUGUCCAAUGGCAUUGACAGUGGUAUAGCUAGUGGCUAUGCUAAAGGCUCAGCAAAAGGAAGCACAUUGUCUCUUGCAAAAUAUUCUGGAUCUGGAGAUGCUGAUUUGACCAUGUCAAUGAUUAACGAAAAUAAAUCACUUCGUAUGCAAACGCAAGAACUUCUAGAAGAUUGCAGUCGAUUUAGGAAAGCUGUCAAUGAAGAUGAUACAUCUUUGGAUUGGAGUUUUCUGAAGACAGAUACGUCAUAGGCCCUGGGCUAGUACUGAUAUUCAUUUUGUCAUAUUCAAGUGCCCUUAAUUAAGAGUCUCUAAAGAUCUUAUUAUUUUUCAUUUAAAUGUAUAAUAAACCAACUGCUCAAUCAAUUUUUGAGAGGACAAAGUGUCCUGGUAUAUUUAAAUUGUUGGCUUUGCAGUGCCUUAUCUAUGUGCCUUAUAUUUUGUGUGUUUUUACUAUUAUUGUUUUGAUUUUGAUCUUGCUGAUUAUGCUUUAUCUUUUUUUUAUCUUUACAUACCCUACUGUGUUAUUUGUCUCUCUCUAUCUCUUUGAUUUGAUCUUUGGUUCAUUUGGUGCUUUUAUUCUGUUAUACUUAAACCAACUGAACUGACUUUGAUAAGGUGUUGUUCUUGUGCUCAAGACACUUUCUUUUAUAAUCUGAAAUCAAAUGUUUUAUUUUACUGUUCUAAAAUAAAUAUUGUUUUUUUUUC